CUUUCAUCAAGUUCAGAAGUGCAAAGCAACACUGUGACUUAAAUGAGAAUGAAGUUCGCAUACGCACUGCAUGCUGCAGUGAUAUGUGUGACGUCGGCCGCUCUAGACGACACCUACAAGCCUGCGUCAGACUUCACGAAACAAUCAAUCGCUGACUCUGUUGUCAAUCUUGACUUUUCAGAUUUCACGGUCUUUGAGAAUGUAGACCGAGGAUUUGUAGUAGCACCGGAAAGUCUUAAAGUUGUUGACGAGAAUGGUAGUGUGGCAUCGAAUCCCGACCCCUUUCUGGCGAUGGUUAGCAAUGACAAGCCGUGUCCAGAGAGUGUCAAUCCGUCUACCUGGCAACAGGCCCAGAUGAUGUCCAGAGUGGGAGUAUAUAAAGUUAUGGACAAGGUGUAUCAAGUCCGUGGAUUCGAUUUGGCCGUGAUGACCAUAGUUGAAGCACCUCUCGGUCUUAUCGUGUUCGAUCCUCUGGGCACCAAAGCAACUUCGAGAGCUGCAUUCGACUACUAUUUGAAUGAGGUAGGACCAAACACGGGAGCGAAUCUGACACUAGCCGCUGUAGUAUACACCCACUCCCACAUGGAUCACUUUGGUGGGGUGCUAGGUCUAGUGGAUGAUGAAAUUUGGGCUCAAGGAAAUAUCCAGAUUGUUGCGCCUCUUAAUUUUGCAGAAGAGGCAUUAUCUGAGAACUACAUGGUGAUUGGUAAUAUGGGUAGACGAGCAUGGUGGCAAUUUGGCAAUCUUCUACCGGCUAAUGAAAACGCAAGUAUACAUGCUGGUCUAGCGUUCACACAAGCCAACUCAGUAUUUACUUUUGCUGCAGACACGCUCGAGAUAAAAGAGGACAUCGAAACACACACCAUUGCCGGUGUAACGUUCGAGUUUAUGCUCACUUUGAGUGCGGAGGCACCCGCCGAAAUGCACUCGUGGGUUGAAGACUGGGGGUUGCUCAAUACUGGCGAGAAUGCCGUCAUGUCCACACAUAACUUUUUAACACUCCGAGGAGCGAAGGCCAGGGAUACAAUGAAGUGGUCGACGGCUAUCCAAGAAACCCUCCAGAGAUAUGGUGAUCGGGUGCAAGUGUUGAUCGGUCAGCACCACUGGCCAAAGUUUGGUAACGGGGCCGUCGUUGAGCAUCUCACCAUGACUCGCGACUACAUCAAAUUCACACAUGAUCAGUCAGUUCGCCUACUCAAUCUUGGAUUCGGGAUGGAAGAAAUCAGUGAGACCAUUCAAAUGCCAAAGUCCCUGGACUCGUACUUUAACACACGUGGUCACUAUGGUCACCUUAAACACAACUCCAAGGAGGUAUAUCAGUUCUACGUUGGCUGGUGGGAUGGUAACCCCGCGGCUUUACAGCGUCUGCCCCCGGUAGAGAGAGCCCAGCAAUUUGUAGCUGACAUGGGUGGGAUCGAGGCGGUAAUGAAGCGCGGUCAAUGGCAUUAUGAUAAUGGUAACUACCGAUGGUGUGCUGAGAGUAUGAACCAGGCUGUGUUCAGCGAUCCUUCGAAUAUGGAUGCGAAAUAUCUUCAAGCGGACUGUAUGGAGCAAAUCGGCUAUGCAGAAGAAAGUGGUAUCCGUCGAAACUUCAUGCUGACGGGUGUUCAAGAGCUACGUCAUGGUAAAUCGGCGUACCCUGAGCCUGCUUUGGACGCAUCGUUCCUGUUGCAAAUGCCCUUAUGGAUGAUGUUGCAGAGUUUGGAGAUCAUAAUUGAUCCCAUAAAGGCCGAGAAGUCCAAUGGUUUGUCACUUAACUUGGAGGUGAAAGAUACCAACGAGAAGUUUAACCUAAUCAUAUCUCACGCCGUCCUGGUCUCGAUUGCUGUUGAUGAACUACCUACAACUGCCCGUGUCACCCUUACGGCUGAUAGCAAGCUGGCAAUGAUACUUGCACUAACUAACGGGGAUACCUCUGGUGUGAGUGUUGCAGGAGACCUGACUGCCUUCACAGAGCUUAUGGGUUGCUUGUCCACUGUAUCAGAUGGAACUUGGAACAUCAUAGAACCGAGAGAAUUCUACGAACCGAAAGCUCAAAAUACUUACCCUCAAUCAGAGGAUCUGGCAUCGUCAGAGGAACAAACGUCUUCCUCCUCUAGCGACGAUGACGGUCUCUCCACUGGUGCUUGGGUAGGUAUUUGUAUUGCCUGUGUCGUAGUUAGUGGUGCUGUGGGAGCUUUUGCGAUGAGAAAGAUGUCAAAGUCACGAGAGUCCAACUCCAUUACGGAGUCUACAACCGACCUUUGAAGGAAUGAAGUGUAAGCUAGUACCUAAUUUUAAUAAAAAAAUGAAUUCACCA